AUGCUGUCGGGGACCAGCUCCCAGGCCCAGAGCCCUGACCCUGGCAGCCGCAGACCGGACGGCCAUGGCUCCCUCACAGAGUCCAGCGCCCAGGCCCCCAGGAAGGGGGCGUGCAGAGAGGACCCUCCAAGCCACAGACCUAGCCCAGCUGGAAACCGUGAGGACCAGAUGCCUGGCCCCAGCUGGGCACCCGGCCGGGAGGAGACACGGGCGCCACCUGGCCAGUCGGGUGCCUCCAAGCCCCCGAGCACCGGCUGCGAGCCCGCCAGCGGCCCCCUCGCCCGCCUGAGCCGCCGCCGGAAGGCCAGGCUGCCUUUUUCUAGGUUCCUGGAUGAGGUCACGGUGCAGGUGCUGGACCCCGGGACCCUGGAGUCCUUCUGGGGGCCCCGAGGCCGCAGCCCAGAGCCCUCCCCUGGCGAGCAAGGCCCAGGCUUCGCCCAGGAGCCCCUCCCAGGAGCCGCAGCCCCAAAGACGGCCCCGGCCCCGAGCCCCCAGCCGUCCUCAGAGGUGCCGGCCGAGGCUGCAGGCAGCCCGCGGUCCAGCCCGGCGGUGGAGACCGGCGGGACUCACGUGGGCAGCGGCGAGCAGGGAGUCCUGGCUGCCUCCCCCUGGCAGCCUCCGAGCCCGGCCUCGGCCGCAGACAUGGACAAACUCCGCGUGCUGCAAGAGCAAAAGAGCGAGCUGCGCAAGCGGCUGACCUACACCACGAACCGGCUGCAGAGGCUCGAGAGCGAGUUCGGCUCCACGCGCAGCUACCUGGAGGUGGAGCUGAGGCGCGCGCAGGAGGAGCUCGAGAAGGUCACUUUGAAGCUGCGCAGGAUUCAGACGAACUACAUGUCGCUGCAGCGGAUCAACCAAGAGCUAGAGCAAAAGCUGAACUCCUUGGGCAAACACUAUGACGAAGAGAAACGAGCUCUGUCUCAUGAGAUUCUCGCUCUCAACAACCACCUCCUGGACGCCAGGUUGACCAUCGACAAACUCUUAGAGGACAACGAGCUCUAUAGGAAGGACUGCAACCUCGCAGCCCAGCUGCUGCAAUGCCGGGAGACCUUCGACAGGGUCCAAAAGGUGUCUGAGCUGCCCGUGGAGUUUCAGGAGCGCUUGAGCCUCCACUUGGAGAAGCAUGGCUGCAGCCUGCCCACCUCGCAGUACCGCUCCGGCAGCGUGCCGCUCUGCGUGAUUGCCAAGGUGCUGGAGAAGCCCGAGCCCAGCAGCGUGUCCUCCCCCAUGUCCCUGUCGGUCUCGGUGUCUGAGGCCUCCACCCGAGACCUGGCCUUCCGUGAGGGGAUGCCCAAGUCGAGCCUUCUGCCCCCCUACAAGGAGGAUACCUACUGCAGCGACUCUGCCCUCUUCUGCCUGGAGGAGUCCCGGCGUGAGCGUGACCGACGGCCCAGCGUGGAUGCCGUGGCGAGCAGCAUGAGCUUCCUGCAGACCCAGAAUUCCACCGACAGCGCCGCCGGGGAGGAGGAGGCCGGGGCCGCGGCUGCCUAUCCCGAGGCCUACCGAGAGGCCUACCCAGAGGAAUACCGGCGCCAGGCCUACCAGGCCGAGGCCUACCAGGGUGAGGCCUACCGGGGCGAGGCCUACCGGGGCAAAUCCUACCAGGAUGAGGCCUACCGGGGCAAAUCUUACCAGGCUGAGGCCUACCGGGGCAAAUCUUACCAAGAUGAGGCCUACCGGGGCAAGUCCUACCAGGACGAGGCCUACCGGGGUGAAUCCUACCAGGAUGAGGCCUACCAGGGCAAAUCCUACCAGGAUGAGGCCUACCGGGGCAAGUCCUAUCAGGAUGAGGCCUACCGGGGCAAAUCCUACCAGGAUGAGGCCUACCGGGGCAAGGCCUACCAGGAUGAGGCCUACCGGGGCAAGUCCUACCAGGAUGAGGCCUACCGGGGCAAGGCCUACCAGGAUGAGGCCUACCGGGGUGAAUCCUUCCCUGGCUUCACCACCUCACUGCCCACAUCCAGCUCCUACUCAAGCUUCAGCAUCACCUCGGAGGAGAGGGAGCGCGGCGAGGCCAGCACGCUGACCGCCUCGCAGCGGGCCGCCUACCUGGGAGGCUGCGACCAGCUCUUCCAGCGCCCGCAGCCCCCCACCUACCAGAGCAGCCGGCCCUAUGCCAAGGCCUCCACGGCCCUGCUGCAAACCCCGGUGCCCCCCGAGUAUGAGCUCGAGACGACCUUCCCGAGCUACCAGGCCGAGCCCUUCAGCCAGCAGGCCGUCCCCAAGACCUCGGCGUCUUCACACCUGUGGGGCCAGCGAGCCAAGUCUCCGGCGUCCCGGCUGCCCAAGGGAGAGGCGCGCAGCCGGCGCGACCAGUGGCGCCCCGUGCACAUGGAGGAUCUCGGGGCCCACGCCUUCCCGGCCCCCUCGAAGCGGCCCGCGGCCCGCAGCUCCUCUCAGCGCUACUAUUCGAGAGGCACCUCGGCCAACCUGCCACCUCGCCGCUCCGGCCCCCUGUACGCCAACUACAAGGCCAACAACCUCGGGGAGGACAGCUUCUCCCACGGCCACCAGGCCGAGUCCUGCUUCCUCGGGGCUCACGGCUCUGCCAAGCCGAUGCCCGGCUACGUAGCCAGCGAAGACGAGGGAGAGAGGGAGAGGCCCCUGGGCCAGCUGAGCGGGGUGGCCAGCCCCGAGCCCGACAGCCUCUUUGGCUCCAGAGAGUCCUUCGAGCCCAGCUCCAUGGAGGGUUCCCCUGAAAUGCAUCGCACGGCCCGCCGGAACCCCCAGGCAGCCCUCCCCCGGAGCCGGAGCGCCGGCGGCCUCAGCCGCAAGGACAGCCUUACCAAGGCCCAGCUCUACGGCACCCUGCUCAACUAG